GGUUGUGACCUUUCAUUCCCCAGCAAUAAACUGGUCUCUGGAGAUCACUGUAAAAUCGUAGUGGAUGAAAAAUCUGGUCAGGUGAUGCUGGAAGACACCAGCACCAAUGGAACAGUAAUUAACAAGCUGAAAAUUGUUAAGAAGCAGAGUUGCCCUUUACAGACGGGGGACAUCAUCUACUUGGUGUACAGAAAGAACGAGCCGGAACACAAUGUGGCGUACCUCUAUGAAUCUUUACAUGAGAAGCAAAGCAUGACACAAGAAUCCCUUGAAGCUAAUAAAGAGAACGUGUUCCACAUGACCAAAGAUACCUCAGGUGCAGGGCAUGGUGACGAUCCCCAGGUCCCACCGUCGUCGCCCGUCACUCAGGUGUGCUUUGAGGAGCCACAGCCAUCGACAUCGACAUCAGACCUCCUCCCCACGGCCUCUACCUCUGCCACGGAGCCUCCUGCAGGACAAGAGCGUUGCUCCAGCUCCGGGUCCGGGGGUGCAGCCAUCUCCCCAAAAGCAUUCGUGGCCAGUGAUGAAAUCGCUGGCUUUGCAUCGGCUCCCCCAGACAUAGGAGCACCCUCCUCUUCUCUGGAACCCCAGGAUCAGGAGGAUUCGGAGCCCACUAAAAAGAAAAUGAAAGGAGAUGGUGAGCUUGACCUGAACCUGCAGCUGUUGGCCACAGACCAGGGUAGAAAGGCCCGGACUGUUCAUGAGGAUGCCAGGGCUGCAGCCGUGAAGCCAGACAAGAUGGAGGAGACACUCACGUGCAUCAUCUGCCAGGACCUGCUGCAUGACUGCGUGAGCCUGCAGCCCUGCAUGCACACAUUCUGCGCGGCUUGCUACUCUGGCUGGAUGGAGCGCUCCUCCCUCUGCCCCACCUGCCGCUGUCCGGUGGAGCGCAUCUGUAAAAACCACAUCCUCAACAACCUCGUGGAAGCGUACCUCAUCCAGCACCCAGACAAGAGUCGCAGUGAAGAAGAUGUGCAGAGCAUGGACGCCAGGAAUAAGAUCACUCAAGACAUGCUGCAGCCCAAAGUCAGGAGGUCUUUCUCUGACGAAGAGGGGAGUUCAGAGGACCUGUUGGAGCUGUCCGAUGUUGACAGUGAGUCCUCGGACAUUAGCCAGCCGUACAUCGUGUGCCGUCAGUGUCCGCAGUACAGGCGGCAGGCGGCACGGCCCGUUCCCUGCCCGGCACCCGACGGCGAGCCGGCUGCCCCGCAGGCCCUUGGAGAUGCACCGUCCACAUCCACCAGCCUCGCCACAGGCCAGGAGUACGUGUGCCCACUGCAGGGGAGCCACGCCAUGUGCACCUGCUGCUUCCAGCCCAUGCCCGACCGGAGAGCUGAGCGUGAGCAGGACCCACGCGUCGCCCCCCAGCAGUGUGCAGUUUGCCUGCAGCCUUUCUGCCAUCUGUACUGGGGCUGCACCAGGACCGGCUGCUUUGGCUGCCUGGCCCCAUUCUGCGAACUCAACCUGGGGGACAAGUGUCUGGAUGGGGUGUUGAACAACAACAACUAUGAGUCAGACAUCCUGAAGAACUACCUGGCAACCAGGGGUUUGACCUGGAAAAACAUGUUGACAGAGAGUCUCGUGGCGCUUCAGCGGGGGGCGUUUUUACUGUCUGAUCACAGGGUCACGGGGAACACUGUGCUGUGCUACUGCUGCGGCCUGCGCAGCUUCCGGGAGCUGACCUACCAGUACCGGCAGAACAUUCCUGCCUCCGAGUUGCCAGUGGCUGUGACAUCCCGUCCUGACUGCUACUGGGGCCGUAACUGCCGCACUCAGGAAAUUCAAUCAUAUCUGUGAACAGACAAGGUUCAAGAACUAGGAGUCGGGAAGCCCUCGUCGCUGUGGCGUGUUGGAGGCAGUGGCAGCACGUUGUAGAAAUACCGAACACAGACACGUUAGGGCAUCUCUAGGGUCCCCUGAGAUGCUGGGGUCUCUGGUCAGGGCCCCUGGUGUGACUUUCUCUGUGGUGGAGUUCUGCCCUCCAAAUGAGACCUCCCACGGUGCCUGGGGGAUCUUGGGAGCCUCAGCCUGUCCUGGCAAGCGCUAGGAGGGACUCACGAUGGCUGGAACAGCAGAGACUGAAGCGCUUCCCAUGGACAGAGUCGUCCCUUCCCACUGAGAUGGGGACAGCGCAGCUUUGCUCUUUCUGUGCCCUUUCCAUAACUAGAGUUAAAACAAAUCUCUUUUCAGGAAAAGUUUCAAGGGAGAAAGGGGAAAGUUUAUCAAAAACACUCUGUUUAAGGAAAAUGGAACGUAAGUUUACAGCCUACAGGAUGUACAGAAUAUUCUACUGUUGGGAAAACCACAGCGUUUUAUAUAUUUUUUAUUUUAAUAGGUUUGGUGCUUAUCUUCUAAUAAGAUUUAAAUAUCACAAACUGUAGCACAAAUAAUAUAAUUUAUAAUUUACAAAUCGACUAAAAUUGGGUAUAGUAUGGUAUUUGAAAGAAUAAGCAUAUGUUUCUGUUUAUUAAAAAAAAUGAAAUCUGUCCAUGUCCCAAACUGCUCACCCUAGAAGUGGAUGUCACGUUAUGGGCUCCUUGCUAAGGAGCGUGAGUCACCACCAUCGCCAGCACAGGGCUGACCGUGGGUCCUGGGUGAGGCGGCAGGACGCAGGACAAGGCGCAGGACGCACCACCCCCUGAGCUCCCUGAGCCCCCGCGGCAGGCCCUCCCCACAGAGACCCCGCAGCGUGUGAAGGGGGAGCACGCUGGGCCUCUGUUUCUGGGAUCCCUUUCCCGCAUUACGGUUGCCAUGUCAUCUGGAAUAAUACUUGAAAUUUUGGUUUUUGUAAAAAAAAAAAAAAAAAUUUAUCUUUUGUUGAAAUCACCUGUUAUUUUUGUUUGCAAUCUGGUAACUUUUUUGCUUCUUCUCAGGAAUACGAUUUUCAACUGUUGUCUUGCUCUUGAUACACACUGAGAAGCGGCACUCUGAUUUGUGGAAGAAAGUCCUCUCUUUUGCAAUCUAAUAAACAGGCCACGUUUG